AUUAUAGAUAAUAUCUGAUAUUUAUAAAUAUCACUAUCAUUAAAAACGUUUUAGUUCUGCACUGCUAGUUUUCAUAAAAUUUUCAUCCACUCAUAUUCAUAUUGGAAUUUAAAUAUAAAAUGGAGUACCCGACGAACUAACAUGAAAAGUUAAUCUUAAAUAUUUGAAGCAUUCUAUUUGAUUUAUACGUUUUUAUUUAAAAAUAAAGACAUAGUUACCUUAAAACUGUAAGCUAUUUUUUAUAUUUAAAAUAACACCUAAUACAGUCAAAAAUUAUUUUUGAGUAAGAAAUAUAUGUAUAUUUAUUUCUAUUUUUUUGAUUACCACCCUUAAAAAUGUUUUCAAUUAAGUUAUCUGAAAUUUGUGUUUUGUUACUCUACACAAUUGUGUUAAUUAAAGCAUAUAAUAAUACGGAAAGAAACACGGCAAUCAUUAAUACUUUUUGUGAUAACAAUUGGUGGAAACAAAUAUCUAUUUUACAGUCAGUGAAAUGCGGUAGUAAAUAUUAUCAUUUAUCGGAAAUUAAUAAAAUUGUUAAUCGUGAACAAGGCAAUGGUAAAGUACGCGGUGCUGCUUUAUUCCUUGGUUGUUUAUACGCUAUAGAUUUAUUAGAAAUAUUCUAUAUGAUCAAUUUUUAUCAAAACAAAUGUGAAAUCGUUCUAUUACAAAAUCAUAAUCCCUACGAGUGUACAAUAAAUUUAUUGCGGAUCAUUAAGAAAUUAACUUUAUUGGCAACAGUCAUAAAAGAAUCACUGAUUGCAUUGGAUGCGUUAUAUAAUAUGCGACCCAACACAACAAAAAUUGAUUACAUAUUAUAUAAUUAUUUGACACGUUUACAGAAGGUUGAAAGAAAUAUUUUUCACAAGCUUCCAUUGCAGGAUAAUCCAAAAUCUUGUGAAAUAAUCUUAAAAAACGUUGGGUUAAUAUUUAAUGCAAUGAAAGAAGAUAUUAAACAUGAAAUACAAGACAAAACAAUAAUAUGUUUUUUUAAGCCUGAAAUAUUUGAGCCAAUGGUGCAAAAUUGGGAGACAGUAUAUAAAAUACAAAAUAAUGAAGAAAAUUUUUUUUUUUUUAAUGAUUUGUAUACAAAAAUAGAUAACGAAAUUAGGAUGAUUGUUAUAGAAAAGUGUUACAAUUUAGGCUUCUAUUUCAACACUGAAAUUAUGAUGAUUGAUGUAUCAGUGCCACAAGAAGUUCUUGAUCAAUACCCGAAGAAAUCAAUACAACCAUACAUAUUACAGUUUAUGGGGAAAGUUGAACCAAAAGAAUCAGACAUAUCAAAAUUUAUAGAAAAAGAAAAAGGAAAGAAAUCUGCAACUGAAGUAGCAGAAUUAUUGGACUUUCUUGAAAAAGCAUUAAAGGACGAAAAUUUAUUUGAUGAAGAGAUUAAAGUAACAGGAUUAAUAUCUGAUAACUCAUCUGGUCCAUCUGAGCCCAGCAAUAAAAAAUUAAAAAUAUAGAAAACCAAUAAAAAGGAUGCGUUUCAAGAUAUAAACAACUAAUUUACAAACAUAAAUUUAUUUUUUAGCAUUAAAAAUAAAAAUAUUUGCACCAAAAUUAAAAUAUGUAAUAACAUAAUAUUUUAUAAAAAUAUAAUUUUAUUGAUUUCCAAUUUUAUUCUCAUUUAUUUCUUUAUUAUAUGUUGAUUAUUUAAAAAAAUAAUUAUUUAAUUUUCCAUAAUUUUU